UUCUUGGCGUGUGUGACCGGCUGACCCUAAACACAGAAUUGUUGUAUGAAUUAUGUAAUACAACCGCAUGGUGCAGUCUGAGAACUAUAGAAAAGUUUUCUGCGUGUAAUGUUUGAAAGCAUUUAUUGAUUCAAAUAAUUUCGCCCAUUUUACCUCUGUGUUGCAUUAGUUUUGUGUUGAAUAUUUUGCCCUUGGCAAUGGCUUUUCUGUAUCAUAUCAUCAUAGCUGCCAUUUUUGUGCUUAUCAGGGAGAGUUUCUGUCAAUUGAGUCACAACAAAGAUGAAUUAUUAAAUUGGUGUUUGAAAAGCAAAAACCACAAGUAUAAACCUGGGCCAGAAGAUUCAUUGCAUGAGCAAUGUCUGCCCUGGAAAGAUCAUUCCUGUUGUACAACGGAUGUUUCAGUUGACCUUCAUGAGAAGAAUAUGUACAAUUUUACUCUUGAUCAUUGCUAUGCUCUAACUAGAAGAAAUAUAUCAAGUGAAUGUCGAAAAUAUUUUAAGCAAAAUGAUUGUUUCUAUGAAUGUGAGCCUCACAUUGGCUUGUGGGUUGUUGAGACUAAAAGAAAGAUAGCAUCAGAGCGAUUUUAUAAAGUUCCUCUUUGUGCUAGUGAUUGUGAUGCAUGGUUCAAAGCUUGUAGGGACGAUUUCACUUGUGCAUAUAACUGGGCAAGAGAUUUCAAGUUUUCCAAAGGUCACAAUACUUGCUUGGAAGGAGCUAAAUGUACAACUUUCAGAAAUGUGUAUUCAACUGCAAAAGAAUUUUGUGAAAAUGUAUGGGACCAAUCGUGGUUAUAUACUCCAGACACAGAACCUUGCAUGCACAUACAAUUUGAUGCAUCAGCUGGAAAUCCUAAUAGAGCAGUUGCAGAACAUUACAUAAACCUUCGUCUUAAUGGUGGACAAUCCUGUGCUUCUUAUAUUUCCCAGUGGGUUUUCCUUUUGGGACUCUUGUCAGUAUUAAGCUGGAACCGAAACAGUUUACAAUAGCAUAAUUUUUUUAGGAAUAUCAGUUUAGGAAGUUUACAAAUCAAUUGAAAUUAUUUUAUGUAAUAACUGUGAUUGAUUUUUAUUUUCCUUAUCUCUUAUAAUCUCAUUUACCAACUUCAUUUUUACAGAAUUAAUAUAAAACUAUUUUUUGCAGUAUGUUAUCGACAAUUGUGAAAGUUUUUAUAUCAUUAUUAUGAACUAAAUUAUAGUAUUAUUAUUCUUGUAUUGCUCUGAAAGUGGAUAACUUAAAACCAAAUUUAUUGACCUCUUAUUGAUAUCUUCUUUUUGAAGAAAGGUAAUUUUUCAUAUUUUGAUUAAAAAUGUUAGCUUAACUAGUUUUUAUUAACAGCACUUUAGUAACAGACAAGAAAAAGCACUUUAUUUUUACCAUGAGCAUUUAAUAUUACUCAAUUUAUGCCAUAAAUAGCUUAAUGUGCUGAUGAUCAAUACAAAUAAUACGAAAAACGAUUUAUAUGGAUAUAUAAAUAUUUAAAUAUAUCUUACAUCUACAAGAAUGUUAAAUUUUAGAAUUAAUUGCACUUCACGUGAUAUGCCAAUGUUAUAAAUAUUUUAUUAUUAGAUAGAUUAUAGUCAAAAUUUAUCUUGUUGAAAGUCUAAAAUUGUUUUAUAGUUGUGAAUCAUAGAAUGAAGCAAGAAUACUCAAUCAUAGUGUAUUAUUUUUGAAUAUAGUCUAUUUUUUG